AUCAUGUUUUUGUUAGUUCAUCACUGGUAUUGAGUUUGUGGUAACAUAUUUUUCGUUGAAGGAAUAUUUUUAGUUGAAAAGUGCAUUUUAGCUCCAUCUACUUAGGAUUUGGUGUACUUUUACGCCUUGCUUACCGGUGCACGACCGGCUCCAACACUUCUUCCACGUCGCGAAUUUUGAAUCGGCAGCGCUAUAACCUAAACAUGAGAUCUUAAACAAUAAUUUUCAUAGUUUCCUAUGAAAAACUAUAAUAAACAGCCUCAAAAUGAACCAGCAACGAGGAAAACCAAAAAAUGUUUGGUCUAAUCCACCCAACCAGCCUAAAAUCAACGCCAAAAAGAACGAGGAAAAGUUUAAACAAGCUCAGGAAAAACUCAAGGAAGCUGUGAAGAAAUAUGCCAAUGACUGUGAAUCUUCUGAAGAAGAAGACAAUCUUGAAAAAGACAAUAUUAUAAUUAAUGUACUGCAACAAUAUACGAAAGCUGGAGUUAAUGCAGACAUUGGUAGGACACAGAAUUUUCUACAAGAUGCAUUCCAAUCAGGCACAUGUACAUGCCUCAUUUGUAUAUCUUCAAUUAAAAGAAAUGAAUCUAUUUGGACAUGCAAUGAAUGCUAUUGUUUCUUUCACCUAAUGUGUAUUCAAAGAUGGUCUAAAGAUACCAUAACUCAACAGAAGCAAGCAUUUGAAGCACAAGUGCAAACCAGGAGAAUCACAAUGAAGUGGGGCUGUCCCAAGUGCCGAACUGAAUACAGCCCAGAAGACAUUCCUAAGGAAUACUUUUGUUUCUGUAAAAAGAAGAUUAAUCCUGGUUUUGAAGCAUUAAUUGUGCCACACAGUUGUGGGGACACUUGUGGCAGAGAAUUGAAACCUAAUUGUGGACAUAAAUGUCUUUUGCUGUGUCAUCCAGGUCCAUGUCCACCAUGCCCACAAACUGUGAGAGUUUCAUGUUAUUGUGGAGCAGCUCCUGUUAAACCACAAAGGUGUACGCAAAAGGAAUGGAGCUGCAGAGCUCAAUGUAAUAAAAUAUUGACUUGUGGUAAGCAUAAAUGUUCAGAGGUAUGUCAUGCUGGUGAGUGUCAACCAUGCACAAAGAAAAGUAUGCAGAAAUGUGUUUGUGGGGAUGGAUUUAAGCUAAGGGAUUGUACUACUCCAAUUUGGCAAUGUGAAAAAAUUUGUAACAAGAAAUUUUCUUGUGGAUAUCACAACUGCGAUGAACGAUGCCAUCCAGGUGAAUGUGGAAUUUGCCCUAGGUCGAAAAUAAGAACUUGUUCUUGUGGUAAAAGUGUACAUGAAUUACCAUGCACUGAAGAUGUACCAACAUGUGGCGAUACAUGCGGUAAAACUUUAGAUUGCGGCAUGCACGUUUGCAACUUGCGUUGUCACAAGGGAAAAUGUCAAACUUGCUUGGAAACAGUUUCAAAGUCAUGUAGAUGUGGGCAACACAUGAAAGAGAUCCAAUGUGGAAAACCGUACUUUUGUGAAAGUAAAUGCAAGCAGCUAAAGGAUUGUAACAAACAUCCUUGCAACAGAAAGUGUUGUGAUGGAAAUUGUCCGCCAUGCGAAAAACCAUGCGGGAAGACUUUAAGUUGUAAAAAACACAGUUGCUCAUCGAUUUGUCAUCAAGGACCUUGUUACCCAUGCAAUUUAACAGAAAAAGUUGCAUGUUUUUGCGGUGGUACAGUUAUAACUGUAUCCUGCGGGCGAAAAACUCGAACAAAACCACCGAAAUGUGGAAUUAACUGCAAAAUUCCUCCUGAUUGUCAUCACAAAGCACGUGAACUACACAAAUGUCAUUUUGGUGAUUGUCCGCCAUGUAAACAAAUCUGCGACAAGAAACAUCAGAAAUGCGGCCAUCUUUGUCAAGCAAAAUGUCAUUCAUCAGUUUUGGUAAAACUCCAACAACCGAAAGCAGCUACCCCUUGGGAAGAACGCGGACCUGAAGUAGAAAAACGUUGUUUACCUUGCCCGCAAUGUCCUGUUUUGGUUCCGAUAACUUGUUUUGGUAAACAUGAAACAUGCGAUUAUCCUUGUUACGAUGCACGCCCCGCGAGUUGUCAUCGUGCGUGUGGUAGGCAACUUAAAUGCACGAAUCACACAUGUGCUUUUGAAUGUCACACGGUAGAAGGUGCCAGUGAUGAUAUUGCAGCUGGUGAUAAUUGUGAAGUAUGCGAACAUGGAUGUGAGAAACCAAGAGUUGAUGGGUGUACUCAUAAAUGUGCACGAAUCAAUUGUCAUACCGGUAAUUGUCCGCCAUGUAAGAGUAUGGUGAAGAUUUCUUGUUUCUGUGGGCAGGAUCAACUUUAUGUUGUGUGCAACGUGUGGACUACAACUGGAGAUAAGGAAGGUUUGCAGAGUUGUGGGAAUCAGUGUCCGUUAAAUUUUGCUUGUGGUCAUCGUUGCCGGUCAAAUUGUCAUUCCGGUGAAUGUCCUAACCCUGAUCAAUGCAAGAAAAAGGUAAAAGUAUUCUGUGCGUGUAAACGCAUGAAAAAAGAAUUUCCAUGUGACGUUGUGCGUAAUGGCGGCAUAGAAGUACCAUGUGAUGACACAUGCAAACGAAAACAACAAGAGGAAGAAGAUAUGAAACGCGCUGCUGAUUUAGAAAAGCAAAAACAGCAAGAGGAGCAAAACAAGCGUGAACUUGAAAAGUUUGAGAAGAUGUUCGCCAAGAAGAAGAAUCGUGACAGAGCAAAAGUAACCAAAGAAGUGGUCGAAACAAACAACACCAAAAAAUACAUCAUUAUUGCAAUUUGUGCAGUUUUCAUUGCUGUGUUUGCAUAUUUUGUAUUGCAAACUAAAUAAUAUCUAUAAUAAACCACAAAUUUGGUUAUUAUAGACAGAAUUUUAUAUAUUUUAUGUUAUUUUUGAGGUUUAUGUAUAAAUGGUUGCCUAUAUUGA